GAGCGCCCUCCCUACCCUACCUCGUCCUCUGGGCACCGGGGCUCCUCUUCACCCUUCGCCCUCCGGUUCUCCUCAGAGCUUGACUCCAAAGAGGAUCGUCGACUCCGCGGCCGCGGUGAGCGGCGUCUCGUCGAGUCAGUCCGUACGCCGACUCCUCCGACUCGAGACAGAGGUACGAACCGCGGUUUCCAUCGCAUCCGCUAUUCCAGCAUCCGCACUCCAAAGUUUGUACCGUAUCACAACUCGAAUCACUCUAUGCAUCUGUUCGGUUCGACGCAAGUGAUUUAAUCAAGUUCAGUUGGAUCGACGACUCCAGUGAGUUACAAGAGUGCGCCACCGUAAGAAAAUGAAAGUCAUCCUGAGAUUUUACUACGAAAUUUAUUUUUGACACACCGUAUCCACCCACGUCACACUUCGACAAUCAUCGAGAUAUUUCAAAGGAGGAUCGAGUAUCUGAGGAGCAACGCAGGAUGAGUAGAAGACCAAGGGAGUGAGCGAGAGUAGCGGGAAACGGUCUGUGUGCGACGAGGCGGAGGAAAUCUAUAUCUGCGCGGGGGAAGAAAGUUAUACAGGAGAUCGCUGUAUCGCUGGGGUCUAAGAAGAUAUAUUACACGUAUAUCUGGCAUCGGACCGGGCGAGAGGAAAAAGGCGAAAAACGAGAGGAACGUGAAGAUUGGAUAAUAAGGAACGGGGGAAGCGAGAUAUGGUGGUCGAGUGGCUGUGUCCGGGAUUGCGGCCCUCCGGUCGCCGCAGGGCUCGCCUUCUACACUGCAAGGUGAUCCUUCUCGAUGAACACGAACUAAUUCAGGACGUGCUGACCUCCAGCCUGGGACAGGAACUCCUCGACCGGGUAUUCAGGCACCUCAAUCUGCUCGAGACCGCGUAUUUUGGACUACGCUAUCUGGACCACGAGAAUCAAACGCAAUGGUUGGACCCGAGUAAAAAGAUUGGAAAGCAGCUAAAGAAUCAAGGUGGAAACGGCGACGCUAAUCCGGACGCUCCCACCCUAUAUUUCGGGGUCAAAUUUUACGCCGCUGAUCCUUGCAAGCUCGUCGAAGAAAUUACUAGGUAUCAAUUUUUUCUACAAGUGAAACAGGAUAUCCUGCAGGGUAGACUUCCGGUAUCUUUCGAUUUGGCUGCUGAGCUCGGUGCCUACGUUGUACAAUCCGAACUCGGAGACUACGACUUGAGAAGGCACUCGACGGGAUACGUCACGGAAUUUCGUUUCUUGGCCAACCAAACGACCGAACUGGAAACGCGGAUCGCCGAACUUCACAAAAGUCUCGUAGGUCAACUUCCAUCGGCCGCGGAGCUCAACUACCUUGACAAGGUCAAAUGGCUCGAGAUGUACGGCGUUGAUCUCCAUCCAGUUCUGGGUGAGGACAACGUGGAUUAUUUUUUGGGCCUAACACCGAGCGGCAUUAUAGUUUUAAGAAACAAGAACAAAGUCGGCAACUAUUACUGGCCUCGUAUCAACAAAAUAUAUUACAAGGGCAGGUACUUUAUGCUGCGAGUAAGCGAAAAGAACUCGGACGAGCGAACGCACGGUUUCGAAACGCCUUCCCGGGGCGCCUGCCGUCAUCUUUGGAAGUGCUGCCUGGAGCACCAAGCUUUCUUUCGUCUGAUGGCCACCGGACCGCCCCCCCUAAGUCCGUAUUCCCGUUUCCGAUCCUACAGCCCCCCAAACUCGGCAUCCGAAAAGCACUCCGGAGUCAGAAUCAGAAAUCCUGCUCCUGCUUUCCAAAGAACUCCGAGUAGAAGAGCGCAGAGGCGCGUCGUAGAAGGACAGGAAAUGGCUGGCCCUUUCCUCGAGGUCCCGUCGCCGAUUCCGGUCGAUUCUCUACCCCUUCCGGUAUCCGGUAUCUCGACAUCGAACGCCAAUAAUAAUUCUCAACAAAAUACUAGUCCCCGGAGCACAAGGAGCACGAGAAGUGCACCGUGGACGCAGAGUCAGCCCCGAGGACUCUACACAUCCUCUAGUCCCCGUUCCGUACGAUCCGCUGGAACAGCGCCUGCGCUCUUGAGCAGACUCCAACGGAGAAGCAGCUCCGUGGAGAGUCAGAGUUCGGGAGACAGUCACAGUCGGGGCGGUCAUAGACGGAGAAGUCACAGCCACAGUCAUAGUCAUCGAAGGCACAGCCGACACUCUGACUGCGAAUCCGAACUGUCCAGGGGCUCGGAUUCCAGAUCCGGACACAGGAAACAUCGGAGAAAGCACCGAAGCUCACGAAAUUCCAGGCAUGAAUUGGUGGAUUCCGAGCCUCAGUGGAGGGAAGCGCAACGAAGGAAGGGCGAGGGUGUUCAGAGAGCCGUGGUGGUGAGUCAUACCGAGCCCCGCAGAAGGCACAGGAGCAGGCACAGGAGUCCCUCCUCGUCGCAUAAGCAACAUUUACCCGAUGAACUGCGAAAGCAUUUGGAGUUUGGUUUGAUCGACACGACAGGGAUGAGUGAGCAGCAGAGACGAGAGAUCCCUUACACGAUUGUACAGUCGCAAUCCGUUCUUCAGUCUUCCCAAACCCCUCCGAUAUCACGUAUGGAGGAUGUCGAUGCGACCGCUCUCCCUAGAACGAACUUCGGAUCGCUUGGCGUGAGAGAGAGAGGAAGAGACAGAAGAGGCGCUCAUCAUAUUCGCGAUGGAAGUUAUAACUUAGCUACUUCGAGGUCUGCAGGGCGUAUUGAUUCAAAGCAUUUCUGUGCUAGAAACGAGUAUAAUUCCAGGAAGGAAUUUGACUAUCGUCAUAAUGCCAGAGUAUUAAUAGGCAAUAAUAUCGACAGUGGACUAGGAGAAAGCACUCCUCAAGACUUUUCGAGUUGCUGUUCAAGUUCAGCGGGCAGCACCAGAAUGACCAGAGUUCAACAAAAGCAAUUUGGGGGAGAGGGACGCUAUGAUCUGUCUUCAAAUCAAGAAAUCUACCCUCCUGCUGACGCAACUUUGGACGCGGUUCUUCAGCCCAUUAUAUCAACUUUGACCCGCCGUCACAAGAGCAGACCGAAAUGAGCACCGAGCUUUGAGUUCAAAAGAGGAGGAGGUUCUAUGCACAUAUGUACAUUAGAAAUAUGCUUUUUGUAUAUCGAUAAAUCGAAACUAAGCAGAAUCAAACAUAAUAUGUAUAUGAAGAUUUGUUACACAUGCGA